UUGCUAAUUUUUGUUAUAAGAUGCUUUCUUUUCUAAAUCUAGUGGUCGCACUUUGACAAUUAACGUAAAUUAACCAAAGUAAAGAACUACUGCCUUGCCACGUAGUAGGAGGUUUAAUUUCAAUACGUUUUGUCGUAGAACAUUUCAAAUAAAGAUUUACAAAAUGUCCGUAAAAGCGAGAUGACGGUGAAAUGGGAGUUUGUGUAAGAAUGUAAUUGAAAACGAAUGAAAAUCUUGGAAAAUCCUGUUCACAAAUUUGAUUUGAAUGAGUAAAGAUUUUUAAUAAUUUAAAUAAGCCAAGGUUUGAGCGGAAAUUGUAACAAACUGCGUCGACAUAAGCACAAGAAUUAACUAAAAGAGCAUAAACCGAAAAAAAAUAAAAGUAAAACAAUUCUGGAGCGAAACAAAAAUUAAGAGAAAUUCUGGCUGUUGAGGCGUGCUCUUGGGUAGACCAAAUAAUUUAAAGACAAAAAUUUGCAUAAGCAAUCUCGUACAAUGAUUGCUUUGUAUUCUUUUUCUGAGUGCCACUGACUUAAGACAAUCUUACAAUCUGUAAAAUCGUCAUGUUCGCUGAAAUCAUCUUGCAAAAACUGUUUAAAUGCAAGUGUCUGUGUGAAUGUAUUAGCUAUGUAAGUGAAAACAUUCAUCACCUAUGUAUCGCUGUAAAAAUUUAUAUUAACGUCAUAUGCAACCAAUUGGUUAUACGUGACCUUGUGUCUCAAAAAGAAGUGAAGUGUAGCAAAUCACUCCGUGUAAAACAUUAGAAAAGUUGUCUUAAUGGCCAUUACUGAUUUGAUAUCAUCAGGCUUCGGAAAGCUAGCGAUAAGAAGUUGACAAGUUUGCUAAAAAGUCAAAGGUGAAAUUUCAUUGAAUUUGUUGCUGACGUAUACAACAACGUAAACAUUCUUGUUUUAGCAAAAUGCCUGGGCUUAAUCUUGGAUUUGAAUUAUUUGCCGAAAAGUUUGGAAAAAAAGAGCUCGAGAGGAGGAUAAAAGAUGAACACACGCCACCACGGAAAUACCCAAUAUUUGGAGGACUUAAAUUAGAGCUUCAAAAACAGAAGUUCGAAACUAUGUUUACACUAGCGACAAUGUUGGGUGGUUUUCGUAGAGCAACACACACAGUUGGAACUGGUGGUGUUGGCAAAAUAAAGAUUGUUGAUGAUCCGAAAUUUCCAGAACAUGAAUUUUUUAAAGCUGGUCGCCAAUUCGAUGCAAGGUUGCGACAUGGAAAUCUCAAAUUCACUGAUGAUGCUGGAGCUGACGCCAGAUCAUUUUCAAUAAAAUUUGCGGACGCCGACGACAAAAGUCCUCUGGAUAUCGUCAUGAAUACAGGCGAGGCCAACAUCUUUUGGGAUGUCAGCAGUUUAGACGACUUUGUUCCAGUAAAUGAAGGAGACACAGCAAAAGAAUACGUUUACAAAAAUCCUUACUAUUACUACAAUUUUGUGGAGGCACUACGUCGAGCACCUGACUCAUUUGCUCAUCUCUACUAUUAUUCUCAGUUAACCAUGUAUUUCAAAGCAAAAGAUGGUAAAGUUCGAUAUUGCAGAUAUCGAGCAGUUCCAGGUGAUAUCAAUAUUAAGGAAGAAAAUGAAAGCGGAAGAUUGACUGCAGACGAACAAAGAAAUAUUUGGAUUUUUAGUCGUCACGAGAAUGAGAAGCGACCAGAUGAUUACCUUCGUAAGGAAUACGUUAAACGUCUGAAAAACAAACCGAUUACUUAUCACUUGCAAAUCCAAAUUCACGAUAAAUCCCCUGAAGACACAGCAACCAUUUUUCACGCAGGGAUCUUAUGGGAUAAGGACACACAUCCAUGGCUUGACUUAGCCACUGUCACCAUAAAGACUCGUUUAUCCCCAGAUGUAAUAGAACGUACGACUUUCAAUAUCGUGCGUCAGCCGGAAUCACUUGGAUUGUUGGAAGCCGAGUCACCCGAAGAUUAUAACAGCAUUGGUGAAAUAAGAGUUAGAGUUUAUGAUCGUGUGCAAAUGCUAAGAAAAUUGAAGAUAGGCUCAAUUACUCCAGCUGAUCAAAAUGCUAUUUACACAAUUGAAAUUAAAACGGGCAACAGAAAGAAUGCUGGCACCGAUGCCACCGUGUAUAUCAGACUAACAGGUUUAAAAGGUCGCACAGAGUAUUUGAAACUUGAUAAAUCAUUUCACAAUGAUUUUAAACGUGGAAGUAAAGAGGUUUAUAGAGUGGAAGCAUUGAAUGUUGGUGAAAUUGAACUGGUUGAGCUUAAUGCACGUCCGGCUUGGAUUACAGUUACAACUAAAGACCCAGACUGGUUUGUUGAAAAGGUAACUGUCAUGAGUUCAAGACAUAGUGGUGUUUUUUCCUUCCCUUGUUACAGAUGGGUAAUCAAUGAAAUUGUUCUGCUGCCUGGAAAAGCAACUUUACCAUUCCAUGAUAUGCCACCGGUAGUUGCCGAGCAACGCCAAAAAGAACUAAAGCAAAGAAAAGAAAUAUAUCAAUGGGAUUGGGUAACAGAGCACAUGCCUGGGAGCAUUAAAGCUGAAACUCAUGCCGAUCUUCCUAGAGAUGUCCAGUUUACUGAUGAAAAAUCAAGAUCCUAUAAGAGGAGCAGAUUGACUGCUUUAGCCAAUUUGGGCCUCAGUAAAUUUGCAACGCUAUUUGAAGAUUGGGACAAUUUUGACGAUUACAAAAUUCUAUAUCACAAAUGGCUACUAGGUGAUCUUCCAGUUUAUGAAAGCUACUGGGAUCAAGAUCGCUGGUUUGCCUACCAGUUCUUGAAUAGUGCUAAUCCAGUUAGUAUCACACGAUGUGACGCUAUACCAAAGAAAUUCCCCGUAACUGACAAUGAUGUCAAGGCGUUUCUUGAUAGAGGAAAGUCUUUGAAAAAAGAAAUAAAGAAAGGCCAUAUUUAUAUUGUUGAUUAUGAAAUUUUGGUUGGAUGUAAAACAUACGGUGGACCUGUUCUUGAUGAUUUUGGUUACCAAGCCCCUGAUCAUCUUAAACAUGAUAAAGCUGAUGUAAGAUACUGCGCAGCCCCAAUUGCUCUAUUCUAUGUGAAUAAACAAGGACAUCUCAUGCCAAUAGCAAUCCAAAUUAAUCAAGAGCCAGGUCCUGAGAACCCAAUAUGGACGCCACACGAACCAAACCCAUAUGAUUGGAUGCUAGCAAAGCUUUGGCUUCGUGUUGCUGAAUCUAAUUUCCACCAGCUUUGUACGCAUUUACUGCGCACUCACUUAACAACCGAACCAUUUGCAUUGUCAACAUGGCGUAAUCUUUCAUCAGCUCAUCCAAUAUUUAAGUUACUUCAACCUCACAUCUAUGGAGUGCUAGCAAUUGAUACUAUUGGCAGGAAAGAGUUGAUUGGUAAAGGAGGAAUUGUUGAUCUGUCUUUGUCACUGGGAGGUGGUGGUCACGUGACGUUCAUGGAGAAAUGCUUUAAGCAGACCACAUUUCAGGAUUACAAUUUACCAAAGAAUCUAAAAAAACGUGGAGUUAAUGAUCCAUCAAAACUUCCUGAGUAUUAUUAUCGUGACGACGGACUCGCCCUGUGGGAAGCCAUUGAAAAAUUUGUAGGUGAAAUAGUUGGUAUUUUCUAUAAAAGAGAUGACGACGUCAAGAAAGAUGAUGAAAUUCAGAAUUGGAUACUUGAUGUUUAUAAAAAUGGCUGGCGUGAGACGCUUGGAAAUCCAACCCACGACCUCCCCGCCAAGUUUGAGUCUCGAGAGCAACUUGUAGAAUUGUUGACUUGUUUGAUAUUUACGUUUUCUUGUCAACAUGCAGCAGUAAACUUCAGUCAAAAGGAUCAUUAUGGUUUCACACCUAAUGCUCCUGCUAUCAUGCGUAAGCCACCGCCAAACAAGAAAGGAGAAGCAACAUUAAAGUCCAUUCUAUCAACUCUUCCAAAUAAAUCUCAGGCAGUCAAGGCAAUAGCGACAGUUUAUAUAUUGACCAAAUUUUCAAAAGACGAGCGUUAUUUAGGUAAUUACAGCUGCACUGCUUGGGAGGAUUUGGAAGCCCUUGGUGCCAUAUCACGCUUCCAAAAUAAUCUGGAGAAUAUUUCCGAGAAAAUCAAAAAGCGAAAUAAAGAUUUGGAAAUUCCGUACAUUUAUCUUCUUCCUGAACGUGUUCCAAACGGAACAGCAAUUUGAACUUCACUCAAUUUUUGUCAAGUUUCUCAUUUUCCACGUGACUGCUAGUAAACUUAUCGAUAUUAGGCCUAAUAAUUUGAAGGAAACGUAUAAUGUAAUUAUUCUUAUACAUAAUUAUUUUGGUCCUCACUUGGACAGCUUAGAUGAUCUGACUGCACACCAUAAUUCUGGGUAUAGUCAUUGAUUAGUUGAUAUAACUGCACAACACCUUGUGGUACAGUCAUGGCAAAGUUGAUAUCACCGUACAUCAUUUUUGUGAAACAAAUAUGAAUUAGUUGAUAUUAAAAAAGUUUCCUUAUUAA